AUGGGCGCACAGUGUACCGCUUAUGACGUGAUUGGGGGCUCGACCAAGUUCUGCGGGAAAGCCCCGAGUAUGGAGGAGAAGCAAUGCAAGCUGACGGCCCACAAAGAUCCAGAUAACAAGGCACCUCUGCCUUGUGCCUUUCAGGAACCAAUGAUAGCGCCAAAGCACAUGCAAGAUGGUUCAAUGGCAGUAGCCGAGCAAUUGGAAACAAUCAACUUGAGUGAUGAUCCCUUGGUCCAGAGACCCAUCUCCAUCAGUGUUCACUUGGCAAAGGAAGAAAAGGAAAUUUUGGUGGCUUUGUUAAAAGAAUUUCGGGAUGUGUUCGCUUGGAGCUACGAUGAAAUGCCCAGUGAUAGGCUUUUUAGUACCUGCGCAAACAGGGUUAAAACUCCUACAAAACUUGCAAGAAUGACAAGGUUAUUGUAG